CACACUACUCAAAACGUUGCGGGGGAGUUUUCCGCGGAAAAAUGCCAUUAAUUAGCCAGUUAAACGGUUUAUGUGCCGCCUGCCAUUACUAGAGAGCAGAACAUGUCCGCGCCUCGUUGCCACAGCCAACCAAGGAUCCACACGCACACACAGAAGCGCGAGGAGCAGCCGCACCACGUCAGCGGUGGUCGGAGCACGAGGAGCCUUCCCCAGCGCCGCCACUAGCCAUGGAACAGUCCGUGUCCACUAGGUGGCUGCGGCGCUACCGCGCCUUCUUCCUCGUCCUGCUGCUCAUCGUUGCCAUCCAGCUGUUUCUGGCCUACAAGUCUCUGGACAUUGUCGGCGGCAGUUCUGGGUCUGGGCUGGACGCUGGUGAAUCCCCCCCAGCCCAACCACCGCCCCCGCAGUCUGCCGCACAAGUCCAGCCCGCAUCCAGAACCAAGCUAACCGCCCAGCAGCUAGGCUUCCAGCCCGAGUGCGACAUCCUCGCCCGCGAGGCCAUCUCGGCGCUGCAGCGCGCCAAAACGAAAGACUGUCGAGAACAUAUCGCGCAAAUCGCCUGCGCCAUCCAAGCGGGUCGCUUCUAUGCUCCCCAGCUCCGGAGUAGCUGUCCCUCGGGCAAUCACACGGCCAAUGUGUCGCUGGGCUGCUACAAGGACGAAAAGGACCGACGCCUGCUAGCGGGUUACUACAGCAGCUCCAAGACCUCAAAUUCACCAGCCCUGUGUGUGGAACUGUGCCUGCAGAGCGGUUAUCCGUAUGCGGGUGUCCAGUACGGACGGGAGUGCUUCUGCGGCUUCGAUGCACCGCCACGGGCCGCCAAACUGCCGGACUCCAGCUGCAACACCAAGUGCCUGGGCAACGCCAAGGAGAUUUGCGGCGGCUUUUAUGCCAUGAAUAUCUACGAGACGGGCAUAGCCAAGUUCACUGCCCAAUUGGCGGCCACCACAACUCCACCGGCGGGUGUGAAGCGCGUGCGUAUCGCAUUUCUGCUGACGCUCAACGGACGAGCGCUGCGUCAGGUGCAUCGACUGCUGAAGGCCCUCUAUGCUCCAGAGCAUGUCUACUACAUACAUGUGGAUGAGCGCCAGGAUUACCUUUACCGAAAGCUGCUCGAGCUGGAAACCAAGUUUCCCAACAUCCGCCUUGCCCGCAAACGCUUCUCCACCAUCUGGGGCGGAGCCUCGCUGCUUACUAUGCUGCUCCAGUGCAUGCAGGACCUGCUGCAGUCCAACUGGCACUGGGAUUUUGUAAUCAAUCUCAGUGAAAGCGAUUUUCCUGUGAAAACUCUUGACAAACUGAUGGAUUUCCUCAGCGCCAAUCCAGGCAGGAAUUUCGUUAAAGGCCAUGGCCGGGAAACGCAAAAGUUCAUCCAGAAGCAGGGCCUGGACAAGACAUUCGUGGAGUGCGACACGCACAUGUGGAGGAUAGGAGAUCGCAAGCUGCCGGCAGGCAUUCAAGUGGAUGGCGGCAGUGAUUGGGUGGCGCUGUCAAGAGCCUUUGUGACCUACGUUACCCAUCCCAAACAGGAGGAUGAACUGCUGCAGGCCCUGCUCAAACUCUUCCGACACACUCUCUUGCCAGCGGAGUCGUUCUUCCACACGGUGCUCAGGAAUACCGAGCACUGCACGAGCUAUGUGGACAACAACCUUCAUGUGACCAACUGGAAGCGAAAACAGGGAUGCAAAUGCCAGUACAAACACGUGGUGGAUUGGUGCGGCUGCAGUCCCAACGAUUUCAAGCCGGAGGAUUGGGCCCGGCUGCAGGCCACGGAACAAAAGUCACUGUUCUUUGCCCGCAAAUUCGAGCCGAUUAUAAACCAGGCGGUGCUGCUGCAGCUGGAGGAGUGGCUGUACGGCCCGUACACCAGCGAAUAUGCCAAUUUGCACGGCUACUGGCAGUCCCUGUAUCACCACGAGGAUGUUCAUGGAUCUGGCGAUGAUCUGGCCAGGAGCAUAGGCGAUAGCGUGAUGCGUUUAUCUGCUCGCCAGGCCAAGCUAGAUGCCCUGGAGCUGAUAGAACUCACUCACUACCUUCACCGCGAUCAGUACAAGGGCUUUGUGGUGCGCUACAGGGCCAGAAAGUUAUCUGGGGAGCCGCUUCACUUGGAGACACGAGUGCGUCCCGUGCAGCAGGGCAAGCUGGCGAGAAAUGCCCGUUUCAGCAAGAGAUUGCGCAACUUCGAGGUCUCCACGGACUUUGAUCAAAAGGAGCAGGUGGCCCGGAACUUUGCCAAGCUCUUGGGUCCCCAAAGUGAGCUCCUCCUGAGCUAUACUCUGCAGGCUACAUCGGACACGGGCGCAGCUUCCCACUCCUACAACCUUACGCUGCUGUGGAUCGAUCCUCUCGGUCGCCUCCAGGACUUUAACGAGCUGCAUGUGGAGGACUCUUCCAGCGAUGUGAUCAAUCACUCGAAAACCCUGCUCAAGCAUCCACUGACACCUGGCAUCUGGACAGCCAAAUUGAUAGGACGCAGCUCCAUCUAUGCGCAGCUCAAAUUCCUGAUUUCCCCGCUUGCCUACCACAAGGGUUAUCCCCUGGAGAAGUCCUCAGAGGCGGAGCAGCUCAAUGCUGGCCUCACAGUGGCCCUGCCCGAGGACUUUGAAGUGCCCGUGGAGUGGCAGCAGUACCUCCAUACCGACGACGAGCAGUUUAUCCUGCGCGAAGAGUCCCUGGCCAAGGGGAAGAUGCUGGGACAGGAUUUACACAGUUGGAUUGAUGGAUUGGUGGGGAAAUUCUUUCAACUCCGCGAGAGCUGCUUGGUGGAGACGGAUAUUGCCGAUGUGAACCUGCCGCUCUGCAGCGACGUGGCCUGGAGCUCCCUGGCUCCCGAUCCCAAGAGCGAUGUGGAUGCCCUGCUCAAAUGAGAGCCAGCCAUAAAUCAGUUUUUUGUUAUUAAUUUUUUAGUGUAAAUACUCGCCAAGAUGUAACCAUUUUUUAUAGCUCUUUUCCUCCUCCUUCUCCUUCUUUUUAUAGAUUAUUGUGAUAAUUGUGAACUAGUGCAACCAAGCGCCAUUUUGACCGGAGGUGGUUCUCCACCACUCCACAUGUAAUUUGAUUUUUAAAUAGUAAUUGAGAGCAUAGCAUUUUGCCGUUUAGCCAAGUAAGUUAGAGAUUUGAUCGCCUUGUAAAUACGCAACGCACACUGGACACCAAAUGAACGCAUUGCAGCCAAAAAUACCGUGGAGGCAAUCCAGAGUUAACUGUACAUAGGGUUAGCUAGACGCAAUAUUCCUUAACUAAGUCAUAAGUUAGGGCAACACCAGAGAUAGCAAUUUGCAUUCACAGUUUUCUUCGAUUUUUUGAUUCACAUAUCAGGUUAUCCAAAAUAAUAAAUGAGCAAUUCUACAUGUA